UCAUCGCGGGCUCUCGCUACGAAGUGGCGACCGUCGGGGACGAGACCGGAAGAGACCUAGGUAGCAGAGGCUGUAAGCUAUGACGAUGCGCGACACGCGGCGAUGUAGAUGAUUGUGACGUACGAUGCCCAUGUUCCUGUCGACGGUAGCUAUCCGCUUGUUGGCGCCUUGCUUGAGCAGCUUGCUAGAGACAAUCUUCUCGAGGGCGAGGACGACGCCGUCCUUGCACCGUAUGCCGAUCGCAGUGCCUCCGUUCUCGACCGCCUUGACCGCGUACUCGACCUGUGUGAUUGUAAGCCGGCGCCGCGGUGGCGUGAGAAGCGAGCACGAGCUGUACCUGGAAGUUACGGCCAUCGGGGGAAAAGACGGAGUUGGACAGAUCGUAGCCGGUACCUAUAGACGUCUGUUGUCGCGUGGAUGGUUAGCGUUGGAGCAGGUGGAGCACGAGAAGGCGGAGCAACACACCAUGAUGGCGAAGUGGACGCAGAGAUGACUUGAGCGGGCGGGAGCAGCGGCUGCAAAUGAAUGGGCGUCGGGCGGAGGUGAGGGUGCGGAGGUGCAGAGCUGGGCAGGGCGUUGGCGUAGAUGUCGAACGAAGCUCCAAGGCUCCCGACGGGGAGAGCAGUCGUCGGGUUAUCAAAACGCCGACGCGGAGAGGCC